ACUUAGAACCUUGCACAAAUUAGAAUUUUUUUCUCUUUUGGUGAUUCAAUUUUUCCAUAAUAUUUGGUGAUAGUUGUUUCUUCAACAACCUCUGUUUUUCUAUGAGACUUGGUGUAUGGACCAUUUCUCAAUAGUUGUGACUUUGAAUGAGAUGUUCUCAAUGGUUGUGGACCUUGAAGAGUUGUUUCUCAAUGGUUGUGAACGUAGAAGAGUUGUUUCUCAAAUAUUACAGAACUCAAAUAGCCAUUUCUUAAUAAUUAUAAAUCUCAAAUAGUCAUUUCUCAAUAGUUAUGGAUCUUGAAGAGUCGUUUAUCAACGGUUGUGGAUCUUAAAGAACAUUUCUCAAUGGUUGUGGAUCUUGAAGAAUCGUUUCUCAAUUAUUAUGGAACUCAAAGAGUCAUUUGUCAACGAUGGUUGUAGAACUCAAAGAGCUUUUUCUCAACGAUGGUUGUGGAUCUCAAAGAGUCAUUUAUCAAUGGUUAUGGAUCUUGAAGAGCUAUUUCUCAAUGAUUAUGGAUCUUAAAGGGUUGUUUCUCAAUGGUUAAUUUUGGUGAUUCACAAGCUCCUAUCAAACACAAGAGAAGCUUUCUUUUUUUGCACUUUUGAUCCAAUUUCCAAUAAGCUACCUUGAUAAUGCACUUCAAGACAAGCAGAUCAAAUUAAGGCCUAGUUUUUGGACAUAUACGCAACACAUAUAGAGGUCUGCAUGCAUAAAUGUUCAGCUAUCCAGACGUUUGAAUAGCAAGAAACCAUGGAAAAGGGAGUGAAACUUUUUAAGACAUGGUCAAGUCCAUUUGGUAUCCGGAUUGUUUGGGCAUUGAAGGUCAAGGGCGUCCAGUUUGAACAAAUAGACGAAGAUCUCGUCAACAAGAGCCCUCUACUUCUCCUAUACAAUCCAGUUCACAAAAAGAUUCCAGUCCUAGUACACGACGGAAAACCAGUUGUUGAAUCACUUAUAAUCCUUGAAUAUAUUGAAGGGACAUGGAAGCAAAAUCCCUUGUUUCCAGAGGAUCCACUGGAGAGGGCUGCUGCUCGCUUCUGGGCAAAAUUUGGUGAUGACAAGGUUAUGCCAUCAAUAUGGGAAGCAUUUAUCAAGGGCAGAGAAGAGGAAGAGUGUGCUUUUGCACCAGCUUUUGAGAACCUGAAAUUCUUGGAGGAAGAACUCAAGGGAAAACAAUUCUUCGGUGGAGAGAGGAUCGGAAUUGUGGAUAUUGCAUUCGGUUGGCUUGCUAACUUGGUCCCUGUAUUCGAAGAGAUACAUGCAAUAAAAAUGAUAGACGAGGAAAGAUUUCCAUUGCUGCACGCGUGGAUGCAGGAGUUUUCCAAGGCUCCAGUAAUUGCAGAUUGCUGGCCGCCACAUGAAAAACUAGUCAACAAAUUCCGUGCCAUUCGUGAUCAGUCCCUCCUUGCAGCAGCACCUCAUGCCUGAACAAUCAAGUUGUAGCAUGUCAGCAAAUCAUAUUGUCUGAACUAAAGAUAAUAGGCUAAUGUCUCACAUUGUUUGAAAGAGUCGGAUUUUAAUUUAUUUAUUA